AUGCUAGCUUCAAGUUCCUCUAAAACCAACCAUUCAGUUGGAAAGUUUAGGCUUGGAUUAAGCAAAUCAGGGUUGCUCGUCCUGUAUGCCAUGGAGAACCCCAAUUCAAUAGCCACAACUGAAGACAUCUACUGGAAAUUGCUUACCUUCCCAAUCCCUUUGCGUAGGCUCUCUCUUGAACUCAUCUCUAAUGCCCCCGGAAUUAAGUUUUCAGAUAGCCAUGAUUUUAUGCUGAGAGCAACACUAGACAUUGAUGGAAAUUUGAGGAUUUAUCAACACAAUUUUGCAAAAGAAGGUAAAAAUUCGGUGACCAUCAUAUGGUCGGCUCUCAAAAAUCAAUGCAAAAUCAAGGGGGUUUGUGGGGUCAAUAGGUACUGCACCUUAGGCGAUUCUGACGAGCCCAAAUGCCUCUGCAUACCUGGGUUCGAUUACACCCACCCAGGAAACCCCACUGAAGGGUGCAAAAUGCUAGACUCGGUAGGAAAAUCUAGUGACUUGGGAGAGUCGAUGACCGAGUUAAAAAACACGGUGUGGGCUAGCAGGGGUUGUGAGAUACUCAAUGUUAACAAGACCGAGUGCACAAAGUCUUGCUCUGAGGAUUGUGUAUGCAGAGCUGUUGUGUAUGUGAAGGGUGAGUGUACCAAAAUGAGUGAACCUUUGAAGUAUGGAUUGACGGACAUGGAAGGGUGGCGGUCGACGUUCGUUAGAGGUGGAGGCGGCGUGGCGAGGAGUGAGAAAGUCGGUGUGGAGGGAAGAGAGAUAGGGAACAAGCUUGUGGUCAUAGGGUUUGUGCUUGUUUGUGCUGCUGUUCUUAUGGUGGGAACACGGCUCCUGGUCUGUUUUCUCGAGAGAAAAUGGUGGCGUAUCAACCGAAAUGAGUUCUCAUCUGGUUAG